AAACUCUUUUUGCUUGUCCUAUUAGCCAAUCUCACGCUUUUCACUUCCCUCUCCAACGUUUCCUCUUUCACCUACAGUCACCUGUAGACAUCACCCUUGAACGUGUACUCAAACGGACGAGAGAGAGAGAGAGAGAGGUUAUUGAAUCUGAAGUCACCUUUCAUCAGCCACUUCAGCUUCAUUAGUUUUCUUCUUCAGCCUAAUUCUUCACCUUCAAAACAUAGACAGCAAACAAAGCAUUCCUUGCUUUUCCCCUUCUCAUAAGGGAUCCCCAGGAAUUGCCAUAAGAAGCCCAGGAGUUCUUUAGAGAUAAACCACUCAGUCACACCAUGAGAGUCGCCUUAAUGCAGAUUCUUUUGAUGUUCUACUUCUUCUCAAACUCAGAGUCUAUCGGCAGAGAUGAUUUUCCAGAUGGGUUCGUCUUCGGAACCGCUUCUUCGGCUUAUCAGUUUGAAGGGGCUGUCAAUGAAGGAAACAAAGGAGCAAGUAUAUGGGAUACCUUCACGAGGCAACCAGGUAAGAUACUAGAUUUCAGCAAUGCGGACACUGCUGUCGAUCAGUACCACCGGUUCAAGGAUGACAUAGGCUUGAUGAAGGAUCUGGGAAUGGAUGCUUACAGAUUUUCAAUAUCUUGGCCAAGAAUUUUACCAAAUGGAACAGGGGAACCAAAUAAAGAAGGGUUGAAUUACUACAACAGACUUAUCGAUGCUUUAUUGGAAAAAGGAAUCGAGCCUUAUGUAACGCUAUAUCAUUGGGAUCUUCCACAGAUGCUCGAAGAUGAGUACGAAGGAUGGCUAAGUGAAAGAAUAGUCAAAGAUUUCGAGAACUAUGCUUCCGCCUGCUUCCACGCUUUUGGAGACCGAGUGAAAUACUGGAUUACAUUCAAUGAACCUCAUGGCUUCUCAAUACAAGGCUAUGACUCUGGACUUCAAGCGCCCGGGAGGUGCUCUAUUCUCGGCCAUGUAUUCUGUAAAAGGGGCAAAUCGUCUGUUGAACCCUACAUUGUGGCUCACAACAUCCUCCUGUCUCAUGCUGCUGCUUACCAAAACUAUAAGCUGAAUUUCAGGGAAAAGCAAGGAGGUCAGAUAGGAAUAUCACUAGACGCCAAAUGGUACGAACCGAUAUCAGACAGCGACGAGGACCAGGAUGCUGCAAAUAGAGCGAUGGAAUUCAGCAUUGGCUGGUUCCUUGAUCCACUUUUCUUUGGGGAAUACCCUCUUUCAAUGAAGAAUCUAGUAGGGGAAAGACUGCCUGAAAUCUCAUUGGAGAUGUCCAAGUUCCUGAUGGGUUCCUUGGAUUUUGUUGGACUGAAUCAUUACACAACGCUAUACGCCCGAAAUGACAGGACCCGUAUUCGGAAGCUAAUACUUCAGGAUGCUUCCUCUGAUAAUGCUGUUAUAACAACGGCUUUUCGAGCAGGAGUUGCUAUAGGAGAAAGAGCAGCUUCCCGGUGGCUACAUGUGGUGCCGUGGGGCAUCAGCAAGUUAGCUAGACAUGUAAGAGAUAAGUACGGAAACCCGCCAGUCGUCAUAACAGAAAACGGUAUGGAUGAUCUUAAUAGACCUUACGUAGGUUUGAACAAGGCUUUACAGGACGGCAAGAGGAUAGAGUAUCACAGAGACUAUCUGUCAAACCUAUCUGCUGCUAUAAGGCAAGAUAACUGCAACGUGCGCGGCUAUUUUGUCUGGUCUUUGCUCGACAACUGGGAGUGGAACUCGGGAUACACAGUUCGGUUCGGACUCUACCAUAUUGAUUAUAAAAAUAACCUCACAAGAAUUCCCAAAUCAUCAGUUGAGUGGUUCAAAAGUUUACUCAGGUCACAAGGUGAUCUAAGCAACCAGAUUUAAAUUGUGUCCUUCCAAAUUUAAUCAAGCACAUGCUGUAUUUUGCCUUGGGAAUUUGAAAAACCAAUGAGCAAGGGAAAAAAGACAGAAAAACAUAUGUAAAUGAAAUUGAAUACCACAGCAAUUUUUUCUUA